AGCGGAGCCCGCUCGGGACGCGGCCCCGCGGCGGCGGCGGCUGCCUGGACGGGACGCGAAACGCGACGCGCGGUGGGGGGGCGGCCGUCGGUGCGACCGCAGCGGCGGCGGCCCCAUGUUUUCGCCCAGCCAGGAGGAGCUGUGCGCGCUGAACAAGGAGCCCGUCAAGUACGGGGAGCUGGUGGUGCUGGGGUACAAUGGAUCCCUCCCGAACGGUGACAGAGGACGCAGGAAAAGCAGAUUUGCCCUUUAUAAGCGACCCAAGGCCAAUGGAGUUAAACCCAGCACUGUUCAUGUCAUCUCUACUCCUCAAGCUUCAAAGGCAAUCAGCUCUAAAGGUCAGCACAGUAUCUCUUUCACAUUGUCCAGGAAUCAGACAGUUAUAGUGGAAUAUACUCAUGAUAAGGACACAGACAUGUUCCAGGUUGGGAGAUCCACAGAAAGCCCCAUAGACUUUGUAGUAACAGAUACUAUUUCUGGAAGUCAAAAUAAUGAUGAAACCCAGAUCACCCAGAGCACCAUAUCCCGCUUUGCCUGCAGGAUAGUUUGUGACAGGAGCCCACCUUACACAGCAAGGAUCUUUGCAGCUGGCUUUGACUCGUCUAAAAACAUAUUUCUUGGUGAAAAAGCAGCAAAGUGGAAAAAUCCCGAUGGCCACAUGGAUGGAUUGACAACCAACGGGGUGCUGGUGAUGCAUCCCAAAGGAGGGUUCACGGAGGAGUCCAAGCCCGGAGUGUGGCGGGAGAUCUCGGUCUGUGGGGAUGUCUACACGCUCCGGGAAACCAGGUCUGCCCAGCAGAGGGGGAAACUGGUAGAAAAUGAGACCAACAUCCUCCAGGACGGCUCCCUGAUCGACCUGUGCGGGGCCACCCUGCUGUGGAGGACGGCGGACGGACUGCUGCACACCCCGACGCAGAAGCACAUCGAGGCCCUGCGGCAGGAGAUCAACGCCGCCAGGCCGCAGUGCCCCGUGGGCUUGAACACUCUGGCCUUUCCCAGCAUCAACAGGAAGGAUGUGGUGGAGGAGAAGCAGCCCUGGGCCUACCUCAGCUGCGGCCACGUGCACGGCUACCACAACUGGGGGCACCGCAGCGACACGGAGGCCAACGAGCGCGAGUGCCCCAUGUGCAGAACCGUGGGCCCCUACGUGCCGCUCUGGCUGGGCUGCGAGGCCGGUUUUUACGUGGACGCGGGGCCCCCCACCCACGCCUUCACCCCCUGCGGACACGUGUGCUCGGAGAAGUCCGCCAAGUACUGGUCCCAGAUCCCGCUGCCCCACGGGACUCACGCGUUCCACGCCGCCUGCCCGUUCUGCGCCACGCAGCUCUCCGGGGAGCACAACUGCGUCAAGCUCAUCUUCCAGGGCCCCAUCGACUGAUAUUGACCACAAUAAAAAGUUUCCUUUCAUGAUUUACUGUGAAGAUUUUUGCCACUAACUUCUAGAUUUUACCCCUUUUUUUAUAAUGUUAUUAAUGGGGGGGGUGGUCUGGGUGGGGCUGGAGGGACCGGGGUGGAGUUGGGAUACAUUGAUACCUGGAACUCGACAGAUAUCAGUGGUUGUUGCAUGCUCAAAAGCAGCAUAUUCAUGAAGUCUUCUUGGUCAAAUUGUAGUAUAUUUGUAAUCUUUUUAUUAGUACCCUGGAUCAGAAAAAGGUGUCUUAAAAAUGAUUUUUUUAAGCUAAGAUUUUUUAAUGGAAAGGUUUUCUCUUCUAAACUUUGACAAGCCUUUAAAACCUAUUUUUCAAAUCUAGAAGGAACAUACGGAAUGUAACUUGUCUUUAAUUUGCAAUAUAAUUUAACUUGAAUAGUUUCUCAAGGAGCUAAUACAGAAUGUGUGGACAACCAGAGGUGAAUGUUCACUAGAGAUAAUUGGGUAUGUAAGAGAAAAAUUAGCUGCCUAAAGUGUAGAGGAUAAAAGCUAUUAAAAUAUCUAUUAUGGUAUAACGCAGCUGGCCAAAAAGGCAUCAAAGAUUACUUGAAACUGAGGAAAUCCUGUUUGUAUUGAUUUCCUUUCAGUGUAAUAGAUAUCCACUGGCCAUUAGGUGUGGGAGAUGGCUGAUUUUUUUUCUGUCUUUUUUUUUUUUCUGCAUCUGGUAAAACCACUUUGCUCUUUUGAAUACUUAAGUUUUAAGCCAGUGUUUUCUGUGUCUGUGUAGUCUGGCCUUUUUAUUUCUGCUUAACUUAGCUUGGCACGUCCAGGACCCUUGGGUGUGUGGAGGUCAUGGAAUCACAGAGUGGUUUGAGUUGGAAGGAACCUUAAAAUCAUCCACUUCCACCCCCUGCUGUGGGCAGGGACACCUUCCACUACACCAGGUUGCUCCAAGCCUCAUCCAACUGGGAACAAUUCCAUGGAUGGGGCAGCCACAGCUUCUCUGAGGUAUCCAGGGAUGCAGCCAGGCUUUACUGCAGGGAUGGAGGGGGUGGUGCUGCAGCACAACACAAGGUUUAGGUACAGCUUACACAGAACUGAUUUGCAUAAACCUGAAUUCAGGAGAGCACUUAGUCCAGGUUUAAAUAUAAACCCACGGCUGGGAGUGUUUAGUUUCUCAAGUGCUUCAGUGCAUUGUGGCUGCGUGUUGUUACGUUUAAAAUAAAAAAAAAAAACAAUUUAAAAUAAGUUAUUUUUUAAGCUCACUGUAAAGCAUUUUGGCUGGAAGGGGAGCAUCAUUUCCAGUUCAGCUGAGAAUUUUUGUUCACUUUUCAACUUGCUGCCAUCUGUCACCAUUUUUUUUCUUUUUUUUUUUUUGUUUUGCAGAUUGAGUUGUGUUUGUAUCUUUCUUUUUUCCCCCCCAAAUGUUUGCAAAUCAAACAACAUUCAAAUGCAAUCAAAUAUAUGCACCAGGGUGGUACAUCUGAAGUGGAUCACUUGAAAUUCCUGACUUUUUAAGAGAGGUGAUAAAUGUUUACUAUGGAAAUAAUUAAAUCAGAAUUUCAUAUGAGAUGUACCCUGCCCACUGUUAGGUUCAUUUCAUGCAGCAUAACAAUUCUUUGAUUUUUGGCUGGUUUUCCCUUAUGCUUUCUGUAUUCUUGGUAUCUGAGGUAUCAAUCUAUCCAGGUUAAAUAAAAAAAAAAGAUAAUUUGGGAGAAAUUUAUAACAUCUCUAGAUGAAAAUUGGUCAUUCAAGCUCACUUCUGUUUAAUCAACUAUAGCUUUUUGCUAUAUUUGUGCCCUUUGUAUAAAUAUAUAAUUUAUAUGAUUUUAAUAUAUUCUGUAUAUAUAUACUUGAAUUGGCCUGUUCAUAUUUUGGUUGUAAAAUUGUUUUAUAGUUAACCUUAUAAACAUUUUACAUGUCCCUUGCCAGUGGUGAUGGGAUGGACUUUUGUCUGCUGCUGUUUUUAAUAUAAUUUUGCUGUAUGCCUGUUCAGCAUUUUAAUAAUUUGAAAAGAGCUUUACUUUUCUUUUUACGCUUUUGCUGUUUAAAAAAAAAACAAAACACCACGACAACUCUGCAGCAUUUUUUUCCUAGAAAUCCCAAACUGUACAGCUUUUUUUGUCCCACUCAGUCACUGGAAAUAGGAUGAAUCUUGUUAACCUAAAACUAUAUGCUUCUUCCUAGUGCCUUUUCAAUGAGAUCCUCUUGUGAUUCCGUAUAUUCCGAGUCCUUGCUCCCACAGGACAACCUUGUGGCUGAACUUCACCAGGAGCAUUGGGAAGAAACGCCUCUGGCCUCCCAUUCCUGGUGGUGGCUCCAUCCCAGACGUGAAGGUGCCUCUUCCUUGUUCUCUCCAGCCCAGGUUCCUCAGGUCCCACAUUGUCCCUGUUUAGCAGAUACCUCAUCUGGGAGAGGCAGCCUCGUCUCCACCUCCUCCUGCUGGACUCGGGAAUGCUUCACCUUGUUCCUCACAAGAGACACUUCGGAAACACACUUUCAGGAAUGGUUCCUGGGUGGACUAAGGCUGGGAGCUGUGUGCUCCAGAGGUUGGGAGCUCCAACACUUCCCGGGUCUGCCUGGCAUCCUGAGCUGAGCAGGAUGUGCUCGUGUUUUGUCUCUGAGCCUGAAUGGAUUGUAAACACUCUGGCUCCCAGGAUCCCACCUCUGCUAUCCAGCUGCUUUCCUCCUUUCCUUCGCUGUUGCAGUUUAACUGCUGCUUCAGGGCUCCACGGAGCUGUGCCCUGUGGGAAAUGAAUGUACAGUGUUGGAGGGAUCCUCCCUGGAAGCACUGGCACAUCAUCAGUGUGUUUGGCUUGUGUGGAGCAGAGCACUGGAUAAUGGUUUGUAUCCACGGGAAGGGUCCCUUUGGAACUGUUUAAACAGGAGUUUUUGCUUUCACUGUCUGCAGUUCUGUAUAACACUGGGAAUGCUGCAGGAAGGAAAUCUUUCAGAAUUCCAGAGUGCUUCAGGUUGGAAGGAACCACAGUGGGUCAUCUGGUCCUGUCUAUCUGCUCAAGCAGGGCUGUCCUAGAGCACAUGGCACAGGAUUGUGUCCAGAUGGUUCUGGAAUAUCUCCAGUGGGGCAGACUCCAGGCCCUCUCAGGGCAAUCUGUUCCAGUGCUUGGGAAAUAAGUUCUUCCUCAUGUUCAGGUGGAACUCCCUGUGCAUCAGUUUCUACCUGUUCCCUCUUGUCCCACUGCUCUGCACCCCCAAGCAGAGCCUGGUCCAUCCUCUUGGCACCUCCCAGUUAGAUAUUUAUACACAUGGAUGAGGUCCCCUCUCAGUGUCUUGAGGCUGAACAAGCCCAGCUCCCUCAGCCUUUCCUUGGAAGGGAGGCUCCAGUCCCUUGAUCCUCUUUGUUCCCUGCACUGGACCCGCUCUGGGAGCUCCACGUCACUCUGGUCCUGAGGAGCCCAGAACUGGACACAUCACUCUGGAUGUGCCCUGACCAGGGCUGAGUAGAGGGGCAGGAUUCUUGUCUGGGGAGCAAUUUUCCAUGGCUUAUGUAGAAUCCAGGGACUUCACCAUUAGCCAGUGUUCAAAUCCGGGAUGAGCCCUGCAGAGCUGGAUUUACUGGGGAGGCUGAAGAGUUUGUAGCAUUAUUUAUCUCAAAACCUGCUGCCACAAGUCCUGAUCCAGGGAAAUGAUGGACUGUUGGCCCUCACCUUCCCUCGUCUCUAUAAACACCUCCUUCCUCUGCUCUGGUAAUGACAGGAAAAAGGAGUUGUGGAUAAAUAAGACUGGAGCGAGUAAACUUGAGAACCACCCUCAAACUUUGUUUUAGAAGUUUAUUUCAUGAUUUCAGUGUUCCUUGCAUCCCAUUUCCAAUGCUGGCAAUGUAUUCCAUAAAGAUCUUUUUUUUUUUCACCUGUUACUGUUGAUUUGAUUUGAAUGCUUCAAAACCAGCUUUAACUGCAUAACUUAGAGCUCGAAAGUAUUUUUCUAGUCUGAUCUUUUUUCUAAAGAAAUACAUCUGUCAUAUCCGUGCACACUGGAGCUGGAACACUUUCCCUUUUCCUGGCAGCUUUUUGGUAAAGCACUGAAGUCUAAAUAGGCAAACUGAGUGGUGAGCCUGGUUCCUACUGGGAAUUGUGGUCCAGUUGUACAGGAAUGUUCCUAGAGGUCAUAGUACUGUACUAGGUAGUAAUGUACAUAGGCCAAGUAAUUAAGGCAGGAUUUUAUUUCUUUCCAUUGUGAGGGUGGGAAUGGGGAUGGGAAGAAAUGAAAGCCAUGGUUGGGCUGCUUCCAGUAAGGAUAGAGCCACCUUGAAGCAAAGGCAUGCCAGGAACCAGUCAAAUGUGAUGGGAGCUGUUCCUGCUCUCAGACCCCAUCCUUGCCCUGAAAAGGUUUCUCCUCAGUUUGUUAGGAAGCUCUGGGAUGCCAUGGAAAGGGUGUAAUCUUCCCAACAAAACACUUUGGUGUUCUAAUGGCAGUUCCUGGAAUUCAAGGGUUUGGCUUCAGAGCCUGAGCAAGGAAUGGAGGUGCUGAGUGUAUCAUAGCGAGAAACUGCAAUAGGAUCGAACAGAAAUUAGGUUUUUAAGUGCUCACAGCACUCAAAGGAGAUUUGGGGUCAGCUGUGGUAACUCUCCCUUUAGUGCUGUCACAGCAGCUGAUCAUCUCACCCUUCUUUCAUACUUCUGGAAGUGGAAGGAAACUUCUCCAAAACCAUCACGAUUCUGUUCAUCCACCUCACAGUCUUGGCACUUCCCUGGCAUUGGAGAACCAUUGGUAGGGAUCUGGCCGUGGUGAGGAAAACUGACCUGGCUGGACUCCUCCUCCUGCUUAAUGCUGAGAUGCAAAUGCACCUCUGGAAUGAGCUGGGCUUGUGUGUUCCUACAGGAACUCCCUGUUUUCCCUGUGACUGUUGUCACAUGCCAUGUUGGAUGCAAAGUGAAUCCAUAGGUAGAGCUGUUGAUUGAGGAGGUGGGAACAGAAGCCUGUCAGGUGCUUGAGCCCAAUGCCAAGGAUUCCUCCUCCUUUUUUCCUCAGUUUUCGGCCUCUUGUGAGUUCUUGGCUCCUCAUUUCCUAUUUAUCCAUGUAGCUGCAGGUAAACAAGUAAAUACAGCUUGGAAGGAAAACAAGCAAGGAAGAGAAUUACACAGAUCCCUUCAGGCUUGCUUUGCUCAUGGAGGAAAACACAAACUGGAGUUGCAAGUGUCUUUUUUUUUUUCCCCCUUCAUCAUUCUGGUUUUUCUGAGCACCUAUCACAAGUCUGCACACUUGGUGUUGUGAGUUUAAAGGACAAACUUAGAAGGUAAGGCUGGUUUUUGGGGGGUGGGGGGUGGAGAGGGGGCUGUUUCUAGGAUGUGGUGGUGCAGUGGUUCUGUGGGCCCCGUGCAAACUACAUCCCACUGACUGCAGCAGGCACUUGGAUCUUGGAAGGGCAGUGGAGUCACCCUGGACAGGCAGCGGAGGUGGAGCUUUGCUUUCUGUGCUGAUCAGAGUUUAUUGGCAGCAGAACAAAAAUAGGAAUUGCUCGGACACCCAAACUCCAGGUGGAACCGGUGUCUGUCGAGAUUCCCUUGGUUGGGGCAUAUUUCCACUUUCCUGGUGGACAAACCAGCCUUUGAGUCACCUGGAAGUCCCUCGUGCUGGUGUUAGGGAUGGGUAUCACUGUCCUCUUGGAUUGGAUAUGUGAUGGAGAGCCCCUGGAAGGCUCCUUAUUGGAAGAGUCCCUCCCACAGCGAGCCCUGUGCAGUGGAGGAGGAAUGUUUACCUUCAAACAGUGUUAGCAGCUAUUAAACUUCUGGGUAUAUUUGUAAAAUCGGUCUUUUUAUACACCGUGUGAAAUGGACUGAAAUAAUUUCUUUGCUGUUGUACCUGUGGAAGUACAAGCCAUUUUAUAGGAAAAAAAAAAUUAUAACAAAAAAAAUUAAAAUGUUAUCUCAGUAUUGUCA